AUAUUUCGGAUAAACCCCCCGGAAAAAGCUAUACUAUAAGUUAUUUCAGCUUUAAAAAAAUAUAAGACUACAUUUUUAAAGCUUUUAAAACAUUUUACAGAAUUUUUCGCCUGAGGAAGGAGGAUUUUCAAUAUGGCUGCGUCUGCAUCGAUUGAAGAUGAAGUUGAAGUGAUUUACUAUCUUCGAGAUAAUGAACCGAGAAUGAUUACGGCUUGGAAAGAUGCUUUCAAAUAUGUUGGAAACGUCUUUAAGAUAUCAGCGGGAGACAUCUUCAAGGAUGCACCAGCAGCAGAUGCCAUAGUUUCUCCUGCUAACAGCUUUGGUUUUAUGGUGGAAGGGAUCGAUAGAGUUUACUCACGUCACUUUGGCUGGCAGCUUCAAGAGGGACCACGACACCUCAUGAGACACAAGCACGGGGGUGAACUUCCAGUCGGUCAGGCCAUCAUCGUACGAAUGUUCGAGCCUGGGGUGACGGAUGUAUCAAGUCUAUGGUGGUAUGGUAAUCCAUACUUCAAUAAAGGCCAGCCGAUACAGUACUUGAUUAGUGCUCCGACUAUGAGGAUUCCGAUGGAUGUAUCCAAUACUGUUAAUGCUUAUUUAGCUUUUAGAGCUGUCAUCCGCGCUGUAAAAGACCAUAACUCCAUCCAAGAAGACAAGAUAAGAAGUGUCUUGUGCCCAGGCCUCUGUACUCUCAACGGUCAGAUGCCUUACGAAAGAAGCGCAAGACAGAUGCGUGAGGCGUGGGACAUAUUCGGCAGUGGUAUAAACGAGGCUCCAUCAUCUUUAUCAGAGGCAUUACAACAGCACACACGACUAACAAAAUAAACACACAGAGCCGUGAUGUACCGUGUCUGUGACGACGAACUGCACCAUGGGAUAUGGGUUGUUUUUUUCCUGCACUUCCCAGUCAAUAGGUUACUAUCAAUAGACGUCACUUCCGGUAAUAGCUCUUUUUUUGAUGAUUUGUAGAAUCCUGGUGGUUGUUUUGAUCUCUUGUUUUCUGGUUUGAUUUCGCGAAAAUAGUCAAAUGCAAUAGUUU